GGCUCAGAUCGUCCGUCCGCGUUCGCGGCUCCAGGCGCGGGAGAGACGCGUAGCAGAUUCAUUCGAGCGGAGGAGGAGCGACGAUCACAAAAACAUCGUCCGAGUGCGAAGUGGGAGCGCGCGGGUGGAAGCGACGGAGCGAGCGAGCGAGUGAGCGAGCGCACGACUGCCGAGCGGCCCCAAGAGGAACGGAGCCCGGAGAGCCGACGUAUUUCCCGCUUUCCCGUUCUUCCCUCUUCCCGUGAAAGGCUUCGACAGGGUUCCCGGGUUCGACGGGCUCGCCUCCACCUGACAGCUCUCUAAAUGUCCCAGGGAGAGCGAGCCCUUCGCUCCUGACCGCCGGCGCUCCGUCUCGGAGGCGUCCUGGGCGCCGGGGAGGGCGGCCGCACGCACCUGUUGGGUUAGGAGACGCCCCGCGACUCGGCGAUCGCGACGCAGCAGCCACAGGGGCGGUCCGCCGCUUUCUCUUUCUCUUCCUCUGACGCCGGGUUCCUGUGUGCGAGCGUCGUCGUCCCCUGACUGGUUCGUCGCUCUCGGUCAAAUUAGAAGUGGGCGGGAGGGGCACGGCGUUCACCGAGGAGCCCCCCGCAGAGCGCAGGAGAUGGGCUCCGAGAGGGACUUGGAGUCGCCGCGCUCCUCGGUGAGCGGAGUGCCCAAUCCAAAGUGCAGAGGCCCCGGCAAGAGACGGGGUCGAAUCUUCCGCAGCCUCUUCCACAGCAAACGGGGCUCCCGGGGGGGCAAGGCGGCUGCCGGAACCCCGACCCCCCAGCAGCUCCAGCAGCAGCAGCAGCAGCAGCAGCAGCAGCAGCAGCAGCAGCAGUCGCUCCUGCAGCAGCCCCCGUCGGCGCCCGCGGCUCUGGCCGCCGCCACGGGCCCCGCCCCCUCCAGCACCGAGUCGGCGGACCGGGCCGAGCCGGCGUCGUCCCCCGGCUCGUCGCCGGGGGGGCCCGAGCUGCUGGAGUGCCCGCUGUGCCUGGUGCGGCAGCCCGCCGAACAGCUCCCGCCGCUGCUGGGCUGCAGCCACCGCUCAUGCCUGUGCUGCCUGCGCCAGUACCUGCGCAUCGAGAUCAGCGAGAGCCGUGUGCAGCUGAGCUGCCCCGAGUGCGCCGAGCGCCUGGCCCCCCGCCAGGUGGCCCUCAUCCUCGACGACGCCGCCCUCGUGGACAAGUAUGAAGAGUUCCUGCUGCGCCGCUGCCUGGCCUCUGACCCAGACUGCCGCUGGUGCCCGGCGCCCGACUGCGGGUUCGCCGUGAUCGCCUCCGGGUGCGCCAGCUGCCCCCGGCUCGUGUGUCGGAGGGAAGGCUGCGGGGCCGAGUUCUGCUACCACUGCAAGCAGGUGUGGCACCCGAACCAGACGUGCGACUCGGCCCGCCAACAGAGGGCGCUCUCGCUGCACGCCCACAGCAGCCACUCGCCCAGCUACACGCAGGAACAGGGUCCCGCCGAUGACAUCAAGCCUUGCCCGCGCUGCGGCGCCUACAUCAUCAAGAUGAACGACGGCAGCUGCAACCACAUGACAUGCGCCGUGUGUGGCUGUGAGUUCUGCUGGCUGUGCAUGAAGGAGAUAUCAGACCUGCAUUACCUCAGUCCAUCCGGCUGCACCUUCUGGGGGAAGAAACCGUGGAGCCGUAAGAAGAAGAUCCUGUGGCAGCUGGGCACGCUGAUUGGUGCUCCUGUGGGCAUCACCCUCAUUGCUGGCAUCGCUGUGCCCGCCAUGGUCAUCGGGAUCCCUGUGUACGUGGGCCGCAAGAUCCACUCCCACUACGAGGGGAAGAAGACGUCCCGUCACCGGAGGAACCUGGCCAUCACGGGCGGCGUCGCACUGUCCAUCAUCACUGCUCCCGUCAUCGCUGCCGUCAGCGUGGGUAUCGGUGUGCCCAUCAUGCUCGCAUACGUGUACGGGGUGGUGCCCAUCUCCCUGUGCCGGGGGGGCGGCUGCGGGGUGAGCCGGGGAAAGGGCCGCGGUGUCCGGAUAGACUUCGACGAGGAUGACGGACCGAUCACGGUGGCAGAUGCCUGGCGGGCACUGAAGUCACCGAGCCUGGGUGAGAGCAGCCUGGAGGGUGGGGCCAGUGGCCUCAGCACCACUUCGCCCAGCGAGGGCCUUUCUGGGGCCCCUGGGGCCCUGGGCGACACCCCCCGCUUUAACACCCUGGCUGGAGGGGCCUUAGGUGCCAGAGCAGGCAAAUACAGCAGGCUCGAAGUCCAGAGCCGGGAUCUGGAGAAGGACGGAGCGCGGAGGGAGACGGGCAGCAUGGGUGCUGCCAGCGACUGUGCGAGCACCCGCGGCAUGGCGGGCUCCAUCGCCUCCUCCUACACGCUGCCCGACAGAGAGUGCACCAACCUGGAAAUUCAGGUGGACAUUGAGACCAAACCAAGCCAUCUGUGUCUGGCCAGCGAAGAGGACCUAGCCCAGCCUCCUGUUACCAUGGCACCGGGUCAAGGGGAGGAGCCUCAGGACUGCAGCUCACGACGGGGCGGAGUGAUGUCAGGCUCCUCCCUGGGUCUCUCGCUGGAGCCGUCGCUCGGCGAGGCGCGUCGGGACGCCACGCUGGCACAGCCCGAAAGUAUUCGCAGCGACCUGGAGAUGUCCGACACGCAGUCGGACGACAUCGCCGAGCUCACCUCCGAUGACGGCGGCGACUCCCCCCGUCCCAAGGGCUGCCGGGGUCCGCCUCUUGUGUCCCGCCCAUCUGCCCCGCCCACCUGCCGUGCUCCACCCCCUUCAGACAACCUGCGCUGUCCCGAUAACAUGGUGCUGUAUGUGUGAAGGGGGCACAGAGGAGGGAGCGAAAUGUUCCCGCAGAUCAAGUGUUCAGAGCUCCUUUUCCUCCACAAGUCGGUUUAUUUUCUUUUCUCUUCAACAUUCUGUUUGAUUUGGUAGACAAACUCCAUCUCCUUCCGCUCUGUACCCGUCAGUCUCUCUGUACGGCGUCCCUCCGCAGAGCUUUUUAAGGGUUCUACCUCUUUGGGAAUCGGCGCAAAACUUUUUGCGAACUUCUCGAUGUUGCAAAAACGUGAAGAAACGCCUCUUGCCACAAAACCAGGCGGUUAAAGGAACCAACUGACGAAGCACAGCUCAGUGGGCUUCUCCAGCGGGCGUGUCCAGAAAGGCGCCGCAGGGAGCCAUCGGGGUCCGCUCUGCAAGGGAAUACUUUUGUCAGUCGUGCGAGUUAAUUAGUACCGAACUGCGAACUGUACUGGCGCACAUUUUUAUUUCAUUUUUUAUUUAUUUCCGAGCAACCGUGACAACUGUAUUAAAUGCCGUAUGCAUGAGUCUGCAUGACUGCGCGGUUGUGCGUGAGAGGGUGUGUGUUGCUGUCUCGCCAAUACAAUGGUUUGUUUGCACAGACACUGUAUUAAGAGAGACCCCCGCCCCAGGCAGGGGCCCGCGGCCGACGGAGCAGUCCCGGGGGGGUGGGGUGGGUGUCGCACAGUACGGGACGACUGACCGGAAGCCGCGCACUUUGUCACGCAAAUGACCUGCCUUACAGAACGAAGCGAUGCACAACGCGUGGACUGGCCCUCUGGCUGUUCACCCACUGACACGCUGUUUGUCGUGUAUCCUGCUAGAACGUUAGCUUGCUUCUCCAUCUGUCCGUCCGUCCGUCCGUCAGCCACGCCUUCCCCCGGAAUCGCCCUCAGGUUUGGAACACAUGGGCGAAGAGAGCGCAGAGAAGUGGAACGGGAGUCGUGGGGCCCCCCGGGACCCCCCCCCCGCCGCAGGGGCUCUUGCUGUAGCGCGGCUGCGGUAGCCGGGGGCCACGGCGGCGUGGAACAGCCCGAUGGUCGGAGGCUGACUGUACGGUUGAGCCACUUCUGAGCAGCAUCACCUAGGCAGCGCGGCAAAUGGAUGGUGCUGGGGCCACUUAAGCACUUUACCUUAGUAUUGAUUGUCGAUUGAUAGUUCACUGCAAUAUCGUAUGUUUUUGCUUUUUCAUCACAUGGUAUUUUCAGCACAAUGGAAUAAUUACUGGGGCUCAGGCUGAGUCUGAAAAAGUGUUGUUUGUCAUGCGUUAAUCUGGUUAACGGACGCAGCUCACGUCCCUGGGACCUGUCUUUAAUUCCCCCCGCUGCUGUACUUCAUUUUCGGUUGCCGCAACGUGCCUCUUCGAGGGAAUUUUCGCUCACGGUUUCUUGUGUGGUCUUGCGUCGGCCGCCCGGACUCGGGUCCGUGCUCACGUCCGUUUUUCGUUGUCAUCUGGCAUCGCCCGGUCUGCUCCGUUCCUGCGAUCCACUUGCGUUUCCUUCUGCCUGUGAGGACAAUACAUGAAUGUAACUUAGAUUUAACUCUUCAAAUAAGUGUACUACUGCAAAAAAGAGAAAAAGAAUUGAUCUGUUAAAUAUGUGUGGAUAAAUAAGUUAUAAAUAUAUAAAUAGCAAUAUAAUAUAAUAUAUAAAAGAAUAUAAUACAAAAGUGUAUUUCCUGGAAUUGUUUUUGUAUGCGCUUGUCUGGGUUCUGCCCUUGGGACUGGAUGGAGGCUCCAGGCUGCUGGGAAAUAAAGGCAUUGCCCUGUUACGCCACUCUUUGGCCGUGUUUGCACUGGGAGGGACGCAGCUGGGACACACAGG